UAAGUGGCAAUAAAAUGAAGUAGCAGGAGCACCUGAUCCAAUUAACACAGACGGCGUGCUUAUCACGUGACACUAAUGACGUGGCACGUUUCAAUUGGCACCUUGAUCCACGCUCUAACAAAACCAAAGCCCUUUAUUUUUAGCACCGACGCGACGCCAAAAAGGCAUAGUAGUCAGCGCCCCCCAUCAGUACCAGUCGAUUAAGAAAACGCGAAAAUCAUCGCUGAAAAACAAACAUGGUCUGCCUCUGUUAGCAGCAAAUCUUAGGUUGUUUGUUCCGAACCCAACCAUGGAAGAGUUCAGAUCCAAAUCGUACGGUGACGGAAGGAUGCAGAUUGAGGCCUACCGUGGAACCAACAUGCAAGAUCUCCGGUGCUACAGCGCCUCCUACGCCUCUUCGGUGCACCCAACAACAACACAGCAAACCCAGAUGGGAAAUAACGAUGCCAAGUUCAAGAAGGGAAAGUCAACGAAUGGGUCCACAUCCAAAAGUUGGAGCUUUAGUGACCCUGAGUUGCAGAGGAAAAAGAGGGUCGCUAGUUACAAGGUCUAUGCUGUUGAAGGAAAACUCAAAGGCUCUCUCAGGAAGAGUUUCAAGUGGUUCAAGGACAGGUGCAACAGAGUUGUCUAUGGCUGGUAGUUAUUACAACAACAACAACAACUAUGGGUGUUUUAUAUAAUGUAAGAAUAAUAAUUUUAUAAUUUAUUUGGCUUUGUUUAUCUAUUUGCUGCACUUAGUGUUUCUUUUCUGUGGCUGCUAAAGUACCACAUAAAGGGUGUAAUAUGGAAGAGAAAUUGUGAUUCUUGUGUUCAUUUUGGUCCAUGUAAAGAGUGCAAUCACCUUGCUUGCUUGCUGUUUUCCUCA